UAUUUUGACAUGUAUGACCGGAAACACUUUCGAAACAAAGGUGAAUGACAUCAGAAUGAAGUGUAGUGCGGAAAACUUUCCAUGAUGAAACGGGUUGCAGUGUUUGUAUGGCUCGUAGUUCAGUUUGGGUUUGGAUUUAGUUCCCACAAACAUCUCCAAGAUCAUUUCAAUGGAGAUCAGCACAACCCUGACCAUGACAUGGCUGUACUACUGGGAGAUGAGACCACAGAAGAAAUAAAAAAACUCACUCCAGAAGAGCAGAGGGAGAAACUGCUGGAAAUUGUGAAGAAAAUUGACACAAAUGGGGACAACCUUCUGGGUGCAGAGGAAAUCACGCUGUGGAUUCAGCAUGUUUACAGAAAAUACGCUCUGGAGGAUGCAGAGGAGCGCUUUCCUGAGUUUGACCUAAACAAAGAUGGAGUUUUAACAUGGGAAGAAUACAACACUGUUGCUCAUGACCAGCUGUUUACUUUUGAUGAAAGCACUGUUCUGGAAGACCCAGAACAAGAUUCGCUUAGACAGCUUCACUUGAAAGAAAAAAAGCGUUUUGAUUUUGCAGACAUAGAUGACACACCUGGUCUAAGUGUAUCAGAGUUCCUGGCCUUUACUCAUCCCUCUGAAGUGGAUCGCAUGGCUGAUUUCACUAUCCAAGAUGUAUUGACUGAAUACGAUACAGAUAAGGAUGGUUUCAUCUCACUGAGUGAAUUUAUUGGAGAUGUGCGUGGUGAAGAUAAUUCUCCUUCAAAGUGGGAAAUUGAAGAAACGGUGAGAUUUAAAGAACUAUAUGAUCAAGACAAAGAUGGCAAUUUAAAUCGAGACGAACAGCUGCGUUGGAUUGCACCCAAUAGCUACGGUUCGGCAAGAGAGGAGGGGAAAGAAUUCAUCAGCAAUAUUGGUUAUGAGAUCAUUAUCCAAAGACUUAAUGAGGGCCGGCGAACAUGCAAAGACAUGGAGGAGCUCCUAAAAAUGAGGGCAUCAGCAGAGGAGAAAUAUGGUAAGGAGCUGAUCUCCAUUGCCCGCAAAGCUGGGGGUUUAAAUGAGAUUUGCACUUUAAGAUCAUCGUUGGAUGAAAUGAAAACUCAAAUUGAAAAUGUGGGAAGCUUGCAUAUUCAGCUGUCUGAACUCCUAAAGGAGGAGAUGAAGAGAAUGGAAGAGUUCAGAGAACGUCAGAAAGAACAGAGAAAAAAGUUUGAAGUUACCAUGGAGAAGACCCAGAAAAAUAAAGUCUCCCAGUACAAGAGAACAGUUGAUUCUAAAAAGUCCUAUGAGCAACGCUGCAGGGAAGCGGAUGAGGCGAAACUAACGGCUGAGAGGUUGGGCACCGCGCCCACAGCUACUCCUAAACAGAUUGAGAAGAUGAACACCAAAUGUAAGCAAUGCACAGAAGCAGCAGUGGAAGCUGAAAAACAGUACAGAUCCAACAUUGAACUGCUUGAUGAUGUUCGCAUGGAGUGGGAGAAAACACACACUGAGAUUUGUGAGAUGUUUCAGCAGCAAGAAGAGGACCGAAUCAACAUACUGAGGAAUGCCCUUUGGGUUCACUGCAACCACCUGUCAAUGCAGUGUGUAAAAGAUGACGAGUGUUACGAGAAUGUUAGAAAUAUGCUUGAAAACUGUGACACCAUCACAGACAACAACUACUUUGUGGAGAGAAACAAGACCUGCUCGAUGCCCCCAGAGCCAAUUGAGUUCCAAUCUUAUUACGAUAGUCCUGCUUCAUCUGAGAAAAAUGGCUCCCCUGGAUUUGUAGGAGAAGUAAAGAAAAGAUUUUCAAACCUGCUUCAAGGGACCUGUGCCACAAGCUCCAAAGAGAACAACAAUGAGCCUGUUGCUCAACCUCCUGUAAAUCCAACAGACGGCUUAUAUGCUUCCAUUCCCGGAGCCGAAAAGCUCCAGAUGAACAGUAUGGAGUACAGGGCUGUGUACAACUACCAGGCACAGAUGGAAGACGAGCUCUCAUUAUGUGUUGGGGAUGUCGUGGUUGUCACAGAUCAAGGCGAAGAUGGCUGGUGGAAGGUGCAAUGUAAUGGUUAUUCUGGGCUGUUUCCAGGUUCCUACCUGGAAAAAGUAUGAUCACUGCACAUGGAGGUCUGAUAACAUGUAUUUCAACAUGGACAGUCUACCUUUUCGUCAUUUCAAACUACCUUGUCCUGUUUUUAUUGAAGUUAGGGUUUGUAGGAUUUUGAAAAUAAUGUUUUAGCUCUGAUGCCACCUGGUGGUAGCAAUGCAAACAAGUGCACAGAUAAAACAGUUCUUUGCUGCAUGCUUAGUGCAAUCCUUCGAACAAAAGGCUGAGAGCAACAAACACGUUCAUUUAACUUCCAACAAACUAUAAAAGCAUAGUUGUGAAUUCAGUAAAACACAAAUAUUACAUUUGUUAAUUAGCUUGCAGGAUCAUAGACAUGAACCCAAACUGUUUUUGUUCACUGAUGGCUGGGACAUUUGCCAAGCUUGUGCACAGACUCAUGGCACUAAUUUAUAUGCAUGAAAUGUUUGUUUUUUGUGUGAAAAAUAUGUAUUUAAUGAUCUAAAAUCAAAGAUAUUCUGCUGAGGUGCAUUUGAUUUAUAGUUGUACAUAUUUUUGUAUUUGAGAUGCAAAGGAUUGCUUGAAAGAUGUUCUUUAUAUUUAAUGUAGAUUUCAUUGUUUUGUUUAAUAGAAAAAAUCAGUAAAGAACACUUGAUGCUGAAAUGA